AUGAGCUCAACCAACAACGGCAAACGGAACCUCAUCAUCGUUUCAAAUCGCCUGCCGGUGUCUGUAAAGAGGGUCAAUGACAAGUUUGAGUCCAUAAUCUCAAGUGGUGGUCUGGUGACUUCCCUUUCCGGACUGACCAAGUCCACCCAGUUCCAAUGGUUUGGCUGGCCAGGCAUUGAAGUCAGAGAUUCAAAGGAUCGUGCGGAUGUGGAAAAGAGCUUGGAAGAGCACAAUGCUGUUCCCAUAUUCCUCGACAGCACCCUGGCGCAUGAACACUAUAAUGGGUUCUCAAACCGCAUCCUCUGGCCCAUUCUUCAUUACCAGUCUGGUGUAACUUUUGACGAUGGUCCAUGGCAAGCAUAUAGACGGGUAAAUGAGCUGUUCGCAGAUGCAGUUGUGGACAGUGCAGAGUCUGGAACGCUGAUCUGGGUUCACGAUUAUCACCUCAUGUUGUUGCCCGAGCUUCUCCGCGACCGGCUCAAGCAGCGCGGUAAAUCAUGCCCUAUCGGCUUCUCCCUCCACACACCGUUCCCAGCGAAGGACUUUUGGAGGAACCUUCCUGUAAGAACACAUCUUAUCGAGGGCUUGCUCUCCAGUGACUUGAUUGGAUUUCACACGGACGAGUAUAAACAAAAUUUCAUCGACACCUGCGGUAGUCUCGUUGAUGCACGCACCGAGAUUCCCAACCAAAUCCAGUAUAAAAAGCGUCUUAUCUGCGUCGGAAAAUUCGUUGUUGGUAUUGAUCCCCAAAAGUUCACUGACACUUUGCAAAAGCCCGAGGUUCAAGAGCGAAUUCGAAGCCUCAAGGAGCGCUACAAAGGCGUCAAGGUAAUUGUAGGCGUCGAUCGACUGGACCACAUCAAGGGUCUCACCCAGAAGCUCAAUGGCUUCGACGCUUUCCUCGAUGACCACCCGGAGCUGCAAAAUAAGGUGGUCCUGAUUCAAAUUGCCGUGCCAAGCCGCGAAGAUGUAAAGGAGUACAAGGAGCUUGAAACGGAACUGUGCACAUUGGCUGGAAAGAUCAAUGGCAAGCAUGCCACCCCUGAGGGUACUCCGCUGCUGUACAUGCAUCGCUCGGUCCCAUUCAACGAAUUGACGGCGUUGUACUCUGUAGCCGAUGUAUGCCUCCUAACCUCUACCCGAGACGGAAUGAAUCUCGUUGCGUUCGAGUACGUGGCCUGCCAGCAAAAUCGCCACGGCGUCCUCGUUCUCUCGGAGUUUGCUGGUGCAGCGUCGUUCAUGACGAAUGGUAGCAUCCCCUUCCAUCCUGCCAAUAAGACACAGAUGUCCGAGGCACUUUACAAGGCGUUGAAUCUGCCAGAGGACGAGCGUAGGGCAAAACACGAGCAUCUCCAUCACUUUAUCAAUGCUAACACGAGUGCGAAAUGGGGCGAAACCUUCAUUGAAAAGCUGUCUGCUCGUUGCAGACGGCCAGAAGACCCAUGUUGA